AUGGAGCUGUCUGCAUCUAAAAAAGAAAUACUUCUAGAUCGAGAAAAUCUUAUCUCAAGCGAACAAUACGAAGAACAGAAAAAAGAACUUAGAGAAACUGAUAGUAUGCGCCAAGAUGGUUUAAAUCAGUUAAGAAAUUGGAUCAGUCAAAAUCCCGAUAUAGAAAAUUGUCUCACUGAUGACAGUUUUUUGGUGCGAUUCCUACGAGUUAGGAAAUAUAGUAUCCCAAUGGCCCAGCAAACUCUUUUAAAAUAUUUAAAUUUGCGACAGACUUUUAAAUCUGCCUUGUGCAAUUUGGAUUAUACAGAACCAAGGACACUUGACUUAUUAGAAAAAGGAUAUGUUUAUGUCAGCCCAUUCCGAGAUUGCAAUGGAAGAAGAGUUAUCAUUUAUAAUUUAAAUUCCAUUAAUGUUCAAACAGUUACUAGUUUGGAUAUCCAAAGAGCCGAUAUGGUAACAUUCGAAACGCUGUUAGAAGACGAAGAAUGUCAAAUUAUGGGAGUCACACAUAUUAUCCAGGGUGGUAAUAUCGGCCCAUCUAUCAUACCUAUAUUUUGUACGAAAGAUUUUGGAUAUUUAAUCAAAUGGGGAGAACAAUCUUUUCCAAUGAGACAUAAGUCGUUUAUAAUAACAAGUAUAUCGUCAAUUAUUAAAUACAUUUUUGAAACAACGAAAAGUUUAAUCACUCCAAAAUUAAGGAAAAGAAUUUGGAUGAACGAAUCUUUGGAGAAACUCCAUCAAAAAGUUGGCAAACACUGUUUACCUCUAGAGCUUGGAGGAACAAUUCCAGCCAAACAAAUGAUGGACCUGUGGAGGGAAGAACUAGAGGCUAAAAGGGAGAGACUUCUGUCCUUCGAUAAAAUUAUUCUUCUCAGUGAUAAGGGCAUAAUUACAAGAAGGAACUCUCCUAGAAAUGACGAAACUGGCAUCGGAAGCGUAUCGGGCAGUUUUCGCAAACUUAAUAUUGAUUAA